GAGGCGGUGUGGCGCCUGGCGAGGAGACUAUGGCCAAAAUGGAGGUGAAAACGUCACUUCUGGACAAUAUGAUUGGUGUUGGAGAUAUGGUUCUUUUAGAACCUCUCAAUGAGGAGACUUUCAUCAAUAACCUCAAGAAGCGUUUUGACCAUAGUGAAAUCUAUACAUACAUUGGCAGUGUGGUUAUAUCCGUUAACCCAUACCGGUCAUUGCCCAUUUAUUCCCCAGAGAAAGUGGAAGAUUACAGGAAUAGAAAUUUUUAUGAACUGAGCCCUCACAUCUUUGCCCUGUCAGAUGAAGCAUAUCGAUCCCUACGAGAUCAAGAUAAAGACCAAUGUAUUCUCAUUACUGGAGAAAGUGGAGCAGGAAAAACAGAGGCCAGCAAGCUUGUUAUGUCCUAUGUAGCAGCUGUUUGUGGAAAAGGAGCAGAAGUUAAUCAAGUCAAAGAACAGCUUCUACAGUCCAACCCAGUCCUGGAAGCUUUUGGAAAUGCCAAAACUGUAAGGAAUGACAACUCCUCUAGAUUCGGCAAAUAUAUGGAUAUUGAAUUUGACUUUAAAGGUGAUCCUCUGGGAGGAGUGAUAAGUAACUAUCUUUUAGAAAAAUCUCGAGUUGUGAAGCAGCCAAGAGGUGAAAGAAACUUCCAUGUGUUCUAUCAGCUGCUCUCUGGUGCCUCUGAAGAACUCCUCAGUAAACUUAAACUUGAGCGGGAUUUCAGCAGAUAUAACUACUUGAGCCUGGACUCUGCCACAGUUAAUGGAGUAGACGAUGCGGCAAAUUUCAGAACCAUUAGGAAUGCCAUGCAAAUCGUGGGCUUUAUGGAUCAUGAAGUCGAAUCUAUCUUGGAGGUGGUGGCAGCGGUGUUGAAACUGGGGAACAUCGAGUUCAAGCCCGAGUCUCGAGUGAAUGGUUUAGAUGAAAGCAAAAUCAAAGAUAAAAAUGAGUUAAAAGAAAUUUGUGAGUUGACUGGCAUUGAUCAGUCAGUUCUAGAACGAGCAUUCAGUUUCCGAACAGUUGAAGCCAAGCAGGAGAAAGUUUCAACUACACUAAACGUGGCUCAGGCUUACUAUGCCCGUGAUGCUCUGGCUAAAAACCUCUACAGCAGGUUGUUUUCAUGGUUGAUAAAUCGAAUCAAUGAAAGCAUUAAGGCACAAACAAAAGUGAGAAAGAAGGUCAUGGGUGUUUUGGACAUUUAUGGCUUUGAAAUUUUUGAGGACAACAGCUUUGAGCAGUUCAUUAUUAAUUAUUGUAAUGAGAAGCUGCAACAAAUCUUCAUCGAACUGACUCUUAAAGAAGAGCAGGAGGAAUAUAUACGGGAGGGCAUAGAAUGGACUCACAUUGACUACUUCAAUAAUGCUAUCAUUUGUGACCUAAUAGAAAAUAACACAAAUGGAAUCCUGGCCAUGCUGGAUGAAGAGUGCCUAAGGCCCGGCACGGUCACCGACGAGACCUUCCUAGAAAAAUUGAACCAGGUCUGCGCCACCCACCAGCACUUUGAGAGCAGGAUGAGCAAGUGCUCUCGGUUCCUCAACGACACCUCUCUGCCUCACAGCUGUUUCAGAAUUCAGCAUUACGCUGGCAAGGUGCUGUAUCAGGUGGAAGGAUUUGUUGACAAAAACAAUGACCUUCUCUAUCGAGACCUGUCCCAAGCCAUGUGGAAGGCCGGCCACGCCCUCAUCAAGUCUUUGUUCCCUGAAGGGAACCCCGCCAAGAUCAACCUGAAAAGGCCUCCUACGGCAGGGUCACAGUUCAAAGCUUCCGUGGCCACGCUGAUGAAAAACCUGCAGACCAAGAACCCAAACUACAUUAGGUGUAUCAAACCAAAUGAUAAAAAAGCAGCACACAUCUUCAACGAGGCUCUAGUGUGUCAUCAGGUCAGGUACCUGGGUCUUCUGGAGAAUGUUCGAGUGAGGAGGGCAGGCUACGCCUUCAGGCAGGCUUAUGAACCUUGCCUAGAAAGAUACAAAAUGCUUUGUAAACAAACAUGGCCUCACUGGAAAGGCCCGGCAAGAUCUGGAGUGGAAGUUCUGUUUAAUGAAUUAGAGAUUCCUAUGGAAGAAUACUCCUUUGGUAGAUCAAAGAUAUUCAUCCGAAACCCAAGAACAUUAUUCAAAUUAGAAGACCUGAGGAAGCAACGGCUAGAGGACUUGGCUACGCUCAUUCAGAAGAUUUAUCGGGGAUGGAAGUGCCGCACUCACUUCCUACUAAUGAAAAAAAGUCAAAUUGUGAUUGCUGCCUGGUACAGGAGAUACGCACAACAAAAGAGGUAUCAACAGAUAAAGAGAUCUGCCUUGGUUAUUCAGUCUUAUAUCCGGGGUUGGAAGGCUCGGAAAAUCCUGCGGGAACUGAAGCAUCAAAAGCGCUGUAAGGAAGCAGUUACAACCAUUGCAGCUUAUUGGCAUGGUACCCAGGCACGAAGGGAACUGAGACGGCUGAAGGAGGAGGCUAGGAAUAAACAUGCUAUUGCAGUUAUUUGGGCUUACUGGCUUGGAUCUAAGGCUCGAAGGGAAUUGAAACGCUUGAAGGAGGAGGCUAGGCGUAAGCAUGCGGUUGCUGUCAUUUGGGCUUACUGGCUUGGACUGAAGGUACGUAGGGAGUACAGAAAAUUCUUCAGAGCCAAUGCUGGAAAGAAAAUUUACGAGUUUACACUGCAGAGAAUUGUGCAAAAAUACUUCUUGGAAAUGAAAAAUAAGAUGCCUUCCUUAUCUCCAGUAGACAAGAACUGGCCGUCCAGACCUUACCUAUUCUUGGAUUCCACUCACAAGGAGCUAAAAAGGAUUUUCCACUUGUGGAGGUGUAAAAAAUACAGGGACCAAUUCACAGACCAGCAGAAACUCAUUUAUGAAGAGAAACUAGAAGCCAGUGAACUUUUCAAAGACAAGAAGGCUUUAUACCCAUCCAGGUUUCUGGUACAGUUCCGACAGGACAAAGUGUGUGUGAAGUUUAUUCAGGGCAGCCAGAAAAAUGGGAGUGUCCCAAUGUGCAAACGGAAAAACAACCGACUCCUUGAAGUUGCUGUCCCCUAA